AUGGACUUGGAUCAACUUCUGCCGGAGAGUCCCUUGAGGUGCAAGAAUUUGGAAGAGAUGUCUGAAAAGCUUGACUCUCCACCUCCUGUAUUUGAAUCACCAAAAUACUUCACUCCAUAUGAGGAUUUUGAUGAGCUCUCUGACAAGCUUGACUAUCCACCAAUUGACUAUACUGAUUUCCCUUGGAUUUCAGAGGACUGUGAUUUCAAGUUGAUGUCACCAAAUCACUGA